GGACUUAGGUUCAAUACAGGGAUUGGUCAGCACAUCCUUAAAAAUCCUCUUAUAGUAUUAUCUAUGGUCGAAAAGUCAGCAAUUAAACCCACUGAUGAAGUCCUCGAAGUUGGACCUGGCACAGGGAACAUGACUAUCAAACUGUUAGAAAAGGCAAAGCAUGUCACAGCUUUUGAAGUUGAUCCCAGGAUGGCAGCAGAGUUAGAAAAAAGAGUUUUAGGAGGACCUCUGAAUCAUAAAUUAAAAAUUAUUCGAGGGGAUGUUUUAAAAGUGGAUGAACUGCCAUAUUUUGAUGUUUGUGUGGCGAACUUGCCUUACCAGAUAUCAUCUCCCUUUAUUAACAAGUUGUUAAUUCACAAACCACUGUACCGCUGCGCUGUUUUAAUGUUUCAGCAAGAAUUUGCUCAGAGACUGGUGGCUAAACCUGGAGAUAAAUUGUAUUGUCGGCUGUCACUUAACGUACAGUUAUACACCAAAGUGGACAUGCUAAUGAAAGUUGGUAAAAAUAAUUUCCGUCCGCCACCUAAAGUUGAAUCAAGCGUUGUCAGAAUCGAACCUCGGUUUCCGAGACCUGCCGUCUGCUUCCAGGAAUGGGACGGCCUGGUCAGAAUUUGUUUCAGUAGGAAAAAUAAAACACUUUCAGCAGAGUUUAGGCAAUCUAACGUACUUGAAAUGCUUAAUAAAAACUACGCCACGUUCUGCCAUCUACAAAAUAAGCCGAUUCCAGAAAAUUUUGUUAUCAAAGAUUAUGUAAACGACAUAUUAACUAAAAAUGAGUUCAGUAAUAAACGUUCGAGAACAAUGGAUGUUGACGACUUUUUAAGAUUGCUUCACUGUUUCAAUUCAGCUGGGAUUCAUUUUUCUUGA